AUGAGCGGCGGCUGGAAUACCAUCGAAUCUGACGCGGGCGUCUUCACCUCGCUCGUGGAAAAUCUAGGCGCGUCCAACGUGCAGUUCGAGGAGCUCUUGACUCUCGAGCCGUCCGAGCUCUCCUCCCUGCAGCCUCUGUACGGUGUCAUCUUUCUCUUCAAAUACCCCACCGACACCCCGUACACGUGUAGCGAGACCCCCCUCGACGGAACGUUUGAUCACGAUGCGGCCAGCCGCAUUUUCUUCGCGGCGCAGACCAUCCAGAACGCCUGCGCGACGCAGGCCCUCCUGAGCGUGGUGCUGAACAAGACAGACGAGGUUGAUAUUGGCGAGAAGCUGGGAGAGUUUCGGGAGUUUACCAUCGAAUUGCCCGCCGAGUUUCGCGGCGAGGCGCUGAGCAACUCGGAUCUCAUCCGCGAGACGCACAAUUCGUUUGCGCGCAGCUCCCCCUUUGCGGACGAGACGGCACCCAAGGGCGGUGAGAGUGAGGAUGUCUUCCACUUUAUCGCCUAUUCGGCCAUCAACGGCAAACUCUACGAGCUGGACGGUCUGCAACCGGCGCCAAUCUCACACGGCGAGUGUACAAUGGAGAGUUUCCCCGAGAAAGUAGUGGAUGUUCUGCAGAGGAGGAUCGCACGCUAUGAGGCUACAGAGAUUCGCUUCAACCUGUUGGCCAUGUGUCGUGAUCUGCGGGUUCGGGCGCGCGAGUUUGGGGACAUGGAACUUUUGGAGAGGGAGGAGCGCAAGAGGAAAGACUGGCUGUUCGAGAACGCGCUGCGCAGACACAACUUUGUGGGGUUCGCGGGCGAGGUCCUCAAGGGCGUGGUGGAGACCAAGAUGAAGGACGGCAAAGUGGAUGAGUGGGUGGUCGAGAGCCUGGAAAGGCGGAAAAAGGCAGAGCAAGCGAGGCGAGCAGGGCAGGAUGUCGAGAUGGGUGGCUGA